GUACUAUAUUACGCAAUGGCGGCGAGGCGAACCACAGCCCGGGCGGAGGGAUUCUGUGAGGACUACACCCAAGCGCUCGUCCGAUUGCAGCGGCUCCUCUUCAUCGCCGAGACCAGAAGAAAGCCGGGACGUGACGGAGCAGGGGGGUUUUUGCUUGCAGGAGGCCCGUUAAAACCACCGAUCAAACACAGCUCUGUCGCUCGAGAGACGUUUGUGACCCCCACCUUGAACCGACUUACCUUUUUUUUCCCCCCCAUCCUAGAACUUAAUUUCACAAACAUGUCCUGGCAAAGCUACGUGGACAACCUGAUGGCUGACGGCAGCUGCCAGGACUCGGCCAUUGUUGGGUACACGGACGCCAAAUACGUCUGGGCAUCGUUCGUCGGCGGCACAUUUGCCAAGAUUACGCCUGAAGAAAUUGACGUGUUAGUAGGAAAGGACCGAGAGGGAUUCUUCACCGGGGGUCUGACCUUAGGCAGUAAAAAGUGCUCCGUAAUCAGAGACAGCCUCAACAUCGACGGUGACUGGACAAUGGACAUCCGGACAAAGAGUCAAGGAGGAGAGCCAACAUACAACAUUUCUCUAGGCAAAGCCGGCAAAGCAUUGGUUUUUGUCAUGGGGAAGGAAGGUGUCCACGGAGGGCAGCUCAACAAGAAAGCUUUUACUAUGGUGGAUUACCUGAGGAAGACCGGAUACUAAAGCAGCCUGUACCCAGCCACCUAGCAGCUCACCCUUACCACCCUGUUGCAUUUUACACUAUUCUCAGUCCUAGUCGGUAGCUUUGAUUUUCUUUUUUUCUGCCUUCUCUCCUCCUCAUUUGUCCCCCCACCCCCACUUUUUUUGUCAUCCCCCCAUCCCUCUUCUGUGUUCUCUACCCCCUUAAGCACUAUAAGUUGAUCCAUAGCAAAGAUGAGCAUGUUCCCACCAGGUUGUCAUGGAAAAAUCUGUACGUGCCCAAGACCAGCAAAUAAAAAGAAUCUGGCCAAACACUCAGACAACGAAGGCGUCAAUUGGAAGUAGUUAAUUUUUUUUGUUUCUUUCCGUCACAGUGCCGAUAACUUGAUCCCUCCCAAAACCCCAUCGUACACACUCCCUCCCCGAGCAGCCAAUGCCUUUUGAGCACUUGAGCGUUAACCAAGCUCGUCAUGUCUUCCUUCUACCCACCCCCCAAAAAAAAUGUCCGUGAGGGGAGACUACGUGCAUAUCUCGGUCCAGUCGUUCUACUCCCUCCACACUCCUGCCAAAAUGUUCUGUUCCGCCCCUUUCCCUGUUCUCUGCAUCCUGUUUGCUCGAAGCAGGCGACUACAAACAUCACGAGACCCAUCUUCAGCCCCCCCCCCCUUCAGAUCCACCACUCCUGAAUAUGUUAAUGAAGGAAAGGCGGGGGGGGGGCUUCUCCUCCUCCAAUCACUACAACCUCCCCAACUACAUGAAGACCCCUGGACAUUCCACAGUAACAAUGGCUCAGGCACUUACAACUGUUUUUGUUUGCCAGCUCCUGUAAUAUAUUUUUAUUUGUUUUGUUUUUUUGAAAGGCUGCCAUUUUGGACAGUAGAUAACCCAGCAUAUAACCACCUGGAGGAUGUCCAGUUUGAUUUUUCUUUUUAUAGGACCAAGUGUAGUCGAAGCUUGGGUGUUUAUACAACUGCUCUAAACCAUGUGAAGAAUGACCGCUAACUUUUUCCCUCUCUCUGAUGAAGGAAACACUAGGCAGUAAUGCAUAUAAUGGUUAAAACAAAAUGAAGCUACAGGGGGAGGUAAGGGUGGGAGUAUCUGAAGAAAAUUCUCUUUUUUUGGUUUCUUCUCUGUAAUGUUUAAAAAACAAACGACUGAAUUUGUAUAAACCCACACUGUGUUGACAACUACAAAACUGUGGAAUGAAUUGCCUUCUACUCUGUAGUCAACUGAGCUCUGGGGUAUCACACGGUCUGUCCUCGUCAGUACUGCUAACUGUUAACGUCCAGCUGGAAAAAAGAAAAGUAGAAAUGACACUCGAUGGGAUCGGUUGGAGCGAAGACGCUCAGUCGUCUUGUCCAAACUUAACUACAGAACCUGUGUAUCCUGUGCCAUAACGUAGAGAUCUGUUGCUGUUGUACGAUGGAUUUUACCCACUGUCCACUGAAGUCAUUUCAUUGGCACUAUUUUUCUUUUCUUUUUUUAGCUUCAGCUCCACUGUUUAGGCCUUGUGGGAUAUGUGUACUCAUUAAAAAAAACCUGUUUCAA